AUGUGCACCUGUGGGGCUGUGGAGAGAAUAAGGACGGAGGACGCAGACGGCAAGAGAGGAAGGAGGCGCAGGCUGCUGCAGGAGCUAGGAGACCAGCGUAUCCCCACUCGGCCCUCAGACCAUGGCUUCCAACAGCUGUGGGAGACUAGCUACUCUGGCCUGGCUCUGCGGCGGUCCUGCUCCCUGCCUGAGGAGCUCCAUGGUCGGGUGGAGGCUGCUCUGCUCACCCUGCGGCGGAGGGGCUGUUUCCUGAGGGACCUGGUGAAGGUGAGGGACCGAGACGUCUUCACCGCCGUGUCCCGGGUGCUGCUGGGUCAGCCAGGAACCACCUACCGCUACCUGGACACGCGGCUCUUCACCAUCCCCUGGCACACAGACGAGCAGAGAGGGACCUGCUGCGACCCAGACCUCAGCGCCGCCUGCAAAGCACUCUGGGAGCUCAACCGCUUCUUCUGCUCUGAUGUCGGAGACAGGAAGGAGGGGGAUGUUUUCAAGCAGUGCAGGAAAGAGUUGGUUGGUGCUAUAGAGUCUAAACCCAGUGUAGAAGGAGACACGGAGUCUAAAGAUAGCGAGGAGUCCAAACCCAGUGACGAUGGAGGAGACUCGGAGUCCAAGCAGAGUGAGGAGGGAGAGACUGAGUCAAAGCACAGCGACGAUGGAGGAGACUCGGAGUCCAAGCAGAGUGAGGAGGGAGAGACUGAGUCAAAGCACAGCGACGAUUGGGACAUAGAGUCCAAACACAGUGAAGAAGAAGGCCAAUUGUCCAAACAGGAUGCAGCGUGGGAGUCAAGACACAGCGACGAGAUGGGAGAUAUGAAGACUAAACAAACUGAACUGGGUAGUCCAACGGGGUCAAAACAACACAGUGAGGGAAAACACACAGUCUGGAAGCACAGGCCAGCUGGCAGCACAGAGACAGAGACCACAGGCCUAGGCCCUCAGGAGKAGCCUGUGGCUGAGCUAAAACACAGUCUCUCUGGGUACCACAUUGAAGAUGAGGAGGAUGAAGACCAGCAGAGUGGCCAGGGAUGCUCUAACCUCAACCCUGCUAAGACAUCCUGUCCUGGCCCGACCCAGUUCAACGUCACCCUGCUCAACUACAUGGACCCAGCAGCUAUGAGCCAGCUGAAAGAAGAGCCGUAUUAUGGGAUGGGUAAGAUGGCUGUGGGCUGGCACCAUGAUGAGAACCUGGUCAGCCUAUCWCCUGUGGCCGUCUACAGCUACAGCUGUCAUGACGACGACAAAGGUGUGAGCUCGGAGGAGGGUCCUGCYGAGAAGGGCUGCUGGAGGAUUGGUCUAAAGGUGGCCUGGGACAUCCACACCCCUGGAUUGACCCUCCCACUGCAGUCCGGAGACUCCUACUACCUGAGAGAUGAUCUGAACAGGACCCAUCAGCACUGUGUUCUGGCUGGAGACUCGGCCCGCUUCAGCUCUACACACAGAGUGGCGGAGUGUUCCACCGGGACCCUGGACUACAUCCAGUCUCGCUGCCGGGAGGCCCUGUCUAACCUGAGCACAGACCCAGAAACAGGGACCCACAGCCUUCUCUCCCUGCUGCCAGCUACCCUGCAAGGCUACGAGGAGAUACACAACGAGGUGGAGUUUGAGUGGCUGAGGCAGUACUGGUUCCAGGGCCAGCGCUACACCCGGUUCUGCAGCUGGUGGGCCAGACCCAUGGGGCAGCUGGAGAAUGACUGGAGAGAGAUGGAGCUCAUGUUUGGAGCGCUGAGCAGUAAUCACAUCUAA